AUGACGUGUCACCCCGCGGAGACCACUAACACGCCCGCAUACCUUAGCAUAACUCGCCACAUUUUCAGGCAGAUUCUGUGCAGUUGGACAGGGUCCAGGGCAGCCGUCCCCAACCCAGUGAGAAACCUGAGAGUAGACGCUCGAAGCAACAGCUCCCUCACCCUGCACUGGGAAGUCCCCCAGGGCCCCGACCCCCAGAACCUCACCUACUGGGUCCAGUGCACUGGAGAUGGUGGCAGAAACGAGACCCAAAACACGACAGACACCAGCAUCACAGUGCACGGACUCGAGGCAGCGUCCCGGUACACCCUCUCAGUGUGGGCCGAGAAGGACGGAGCGUCUGGCUUCCAGGUGACCCUCAACGCAACCACAGGUGAGAAGAAGCUCAGACCCAGCAACCGUCCCCUGAUGGACCGCAUCCUUGUCUAG